AUGUCCAUUCAAGGACUAUCCCUAACUUUUUCUCUGUUGUUUAUCUGCUUCUUUAGGGAGAGCUUCUGCAUUUGUGAUGGAACUAUCUGGACAAAGGUUGGAUGGGAGAUUUUUCCAGAAGAAAUGCAUUAUCUGAAAGUUAAGCCUUCUCCAUCUCACUGUCUACCUUACCCUCUGGACAAACUAUGCUGCAGUUUUGCUAAUAUGGAUAUAUUUCAGGGUUCUUUACAUCUCAUUUAUAUUUUAGUACAAGCUCUCUUUUUAAUCCUGUCUGUUUUAUCUGUGCAUUACCUGUGGAUGAAAUGGAAAAAACACCAAAAAAAGCUGAAAAAACCAGCCUCCUCAGAUACAUUUGGUAAGGACCUAGAAAAUCAGUCCAUCUAUGACAUUGACCAAAUACUCUGCCGGCUGGUGGCCACAACAUCAAUGAUGACCAAGUACCUGAAUCAGAUGUCCCAUCAUCCUCCAGCUAAGAAAGUCAAGCACCGAAAACUAAAGAGGAAGAGGAGUGAAGAAGGAGCCAGAGGAUACUAG